CCGGAGGCCACGGUUUUCUGUAUUUGGCAAGAAAAAGACGUCUUCACCGUCCCCGGAGAUGGGGCACGCGCACACGCACGCACACUCACCAGGCUGCCCUCUCCGGUGGGGACCUUCUCCCUCAGAGGCUCCGGAGGGCUGAGCCGCCGUGGCCGCGUGGCCUGGGGACUUUCCCGCAGGUGGGCCGGGAACUGCUGCUACCUGAGCCGCCGGCAGGAGGGACUUUCCGGGCCUCGUCCUGUGGGAGGCUCCUCUCUGGGAAACUCCUUAAAUUAGCUGUCGAGUAGGUAAGCCUGGGCCACGGCACGACUUAAAAGGUACAAAAACAACCAGCCGUGCCGCCCCAGCCGCCGGCGCCCAGCGAUGCCAGACCUGUGUGCGUGUGCGCACGUGUGCGUGGUGCGUGCACGUGUGCAUGCAUGUGUAUGUGUGUGCUCACUCCACCUUUACACACCUGGCGCCCACCUGUCCUGGGGCUGCCCAGGCCCUGUCUGAGGCCCCCGGGACAGUCGGCUGGGCCGGCCGUCUUCUCUGUUCGGGGAGCUGGGGCGUGCCCUCGACCAGGGCUCCCGGAGCAGCCACACGCUCUAGCACGGGGGCCAGGGACACGCCUCGCACACAGGGACACAGCCACACGUGCUCCCAGGCUGCACCUGCUGCCCGGAGAGGGUGGGCCCUCUCGGCGGCACGGCUGGGUCUGGCCGGCCGGCCCGGGAGCAGGGCUGGGGCCUGGAUGAGGUGCUUCUGCCCCAGCCCCGUCGGGGCUCCCCAGCGGGUGUCAGCCAGGCUGUCCCCUGUGGCGUCCUUGGCGGGCAGGCGGCCACCUGCCAUGUCUUCACGUGGCCGGCCGGCCCUCUGUGGCUCCUGGGGUCUCUUGCAACAAGGCCGGUCGUGUGGGGCCAGGCCCUACCCUUACAGCCUCCUCUGACCUCACCUGCAAGUACAGCCACCCUGGGGGUCAGGGCUCCCGUGUGGACCUGGGGACACCCGCCUCUCACACCUCCGGGCCCAGACGCGGCUGCAGCCACACUGCUGGCCACUGCCCGCCCCGCUGGCCGAGGACUCCAGCCCUGGAGCCGGGAUCCCUCCCGCAGCCCUGGCUGAAGGAGGCCCUGACCAGGGCCUGUCUCCUGGCUGUGCCUCGGCUCCUGGUGUGCUCGGGGCACCUGUGAGGGUGAGGCCUGGCAUGCUGGGAGGGCUGGUGUGCAGGUGGGUGCAGACCAGACGGCGGGGACCGACCUGCCCUGGGGGGGCGGGAGACUGGGGUCCUCUGGCCAGGUCUGCACGGGCUGGGAGGGCUGAGCCUGAGGUAGUCGAGGGGUGUCCUCAGUCCCCUCUCCGCCUCCUCCCUGCCCCUCCCCCAGCCUUUAUAGCCACAUCCUGCGAGGAAAACACGCACACUCCUGCCCAGCUGCCGAGGCAGAGAUGUGUGAGGGCGCUCAGCGGCCCCGGGCACCUCCGACCGCCCUCCUGCUCCUGGGGCUCGCGCUGGGCGCCGCGGCCAAGCUCACCUGCCCUGGGAACACCUACCCUCGGGGCAGCAAGUGCUGCCAAGACUGCCCGCCAGGGUUCGGGAUGGAGAGCCGCUGCACCGACACCCAGGACACCAAGUGCAGCGAGUGCGAGACCGGCCACUACAACGAGGCCACCAACUACGAGCCCUGCAAGCCCUGCACGCAGUGCAACCAGCGAAGCGGGAGUGAGACCAGGCGGGCGUGCACCGCCACGAAAGACACCGUGUGCAGCUGCCGGCCCGGCACCCAGCCCCACGGGGGCUUCAAGCGAGGAGUCGACUGCGCCCCGUGCCCCCCCAGACACUUCUCCCCGGGCAACAAUGAGGCCUGCAAGCCCUGGACCAACUGCACCGCGGAGGGCAAGCACACCCUGCUCGCCGCCAGCAGCAGCUCUGACGCCGUCUGCGAGGACAGGACGCCCCCUGCCAGCCGGCCCGGGGCGACCCGGGGCGCCACGGCCCAGCCCUCCACCACCCAGCCCUCCACCCCUUGGACCCUGACCUCACAGCCCCCCACCAGCCCCCCCACAGAGCCCCCCAGGGGCCCCGAGCUGGCUGCUGUCCUGGGCCUGGCGCUGGGCCUGGGCCUGCUGGCCCCUGUGGCUGCCGCCCUGGUCCUGCUCCUGCACUACAGCGUCUGGAGGCCGCCCGCCGCCCCCAAGCCCCCCGGAGGCCACAGCUGCCGGAAGCCCAUCCAGGAGGAGCACUCGGACGCCCACUCCACGCUGGCCAAGCUCUGAGCACGUCCCUGGGGCAGCUGCGCCCUCCCAGGCCAGGUGGUGGGGUACCCCCAGGCGCAGGCCGCCCCCCAGGGUACACAUCACCCCGUCGCUGUCACCUCACCCCCGUCACCCCUGUGCCCGGCUC